CUUCAAUUGCCGGCCUAGAACCGCGUCAUCUGCCAACCUUGUCCACCACAAUCCAUUCGAACCGGUCGCGUCCCUCAUCCUAUCUGCACAAUGGAUAUCGACGACGAAGACGACUUUUACGCUCCUGAGGAACCCCAGGCCCCGGCAGAGCAAGCUCCCGCCGAAGCACCACCAGACACAACAAAGAAGGAUGCAAACGAGGAGCUUGAAGAAGGAGAGGAGGAGGAUGAGGGCGGCGCGAUGGACGAAGACGAAGAUUCCGACAUCGACAUCAUCACGGAGCGCAAAGACGGCUCCAAGCCAGCCCCUCCACCUCAAUCACGCUACAGCGAAAUCAAAAACAUCCCUCAACGCACCGCCCCCUCCGACACAUCACCCACUACCACCAGCAAACCCUCCCAGGCCCCCAAACCUACCUCCUCCUCAAUCCAAGCCGACACCCACCCAGCCGUCUCCACCUCCAAGAUCGACGUCAACGCCAUACCGAUCCACAAAUUCUCCAACAAACCCCUAACCCAAGUCAACAUAGACGAGGACCUGCCCCCCGAAAACGACAAGCCUUGGCGCAAGCCGGGGACCGAUCUAUCGGAUUAUUUCAACUACGGCUUUGACGAGUUCACCUGGGCUUUGUACGCGCAGAAGCAGGAAGCGCUCCGCGCCGAGUACAACCCCGAGGCGAUCGCCGAGCGCAACAAGAAGAUGAUGGAGGACAUGACCAACUUCAUGAUGAUGGGCGGGAUGGCGGGGAUGCCGCCCGUCGCGGCGGCGGCGGCGGCGAACCCUGCCGUUGGUGGGGGUGCUGGGGCUGGGGCUGGGGUUGGCAGUGCUGGUGCUGGCGGUAUGCCCCAGGUCUUGCAGGGGAUGCCGGGGAUGGAAGGGAUGACGCCUGAGAUGCACGCUAUGAUGCAGUCGAUGAUGGGGGCUGGGAUGGAUCCGUCGCAGAUGGAUAUGAGCGCUAUGGCAGGCAUGUUUGGUGGUGCCGGGGCCGGAGGGGGUGGGCCGGGCCAGGGCGGGCAGGGGCCGAGCUUUGGCGGUGGAUUUGGGGGCGGGCAGGGCCAAGGGUAUGGGUAUGAGCAGCAGAUGGGUGGCGGUGGUGGUGGGAGAGGAGGGAGAGGUAGGGGACGGAGAUGGUAG